UGCUAUUAGACAAAACAAUCACCAACAGGGUGGAGUUACUUGUUUGUUCAUUUUUACAGAUAUUAGAAUCCACAAGAGCAGUUUUGUUUUAGAUACUAAACAACUCAGCAUGUUGUGUGGUGUGUGUCUAAUGAUUUAACCAGAUGAAACUGGUAACUAUAAGCUUCUCUGCAGCUCCAGUACAAUACUAAAGAAGGAAACCAAAGACAACAAACAUGUCUUGGCUGAUCAGUUAUAGUUUGGGUCAAGUGGGGGAAGUUGUGUAUAUUUUAUUUUUAGAUGACCUGUUCCUUUAAAGGGUGCUGGGUCAAGGACACGCUCUGUAUGUCCUCAGAUAAAAUAAAGCCCAUGGGCCAUGACUGACCAGCGUCCUCUGACCACCACUGAGAUGAGAUCAUGAGCUUUGAUUCAGUGCAGACGUGUGUAUCAUGGACACAGACUGGCUUAUGAAACGCCACACAGGGAGGCGAGGGAAACAAAAACCCACUUUCACACUCUGUUGAGUAUUCACACUCGCCCCAGGUGCAUUUUGUCACUCACUCCUCAUCAUGCACUCCUUCCAAAGCCAGAACCUGGUGACAGACAACAUCUCCGUGGUGGAGGGGGAAACGGCCACUAUCAGUUGUCGAGUCAAAAAUAAUGACGACUCUGUCAUCCAGCUCCUGAACCCCAACAGACAGACCAUCUACUUCAGAGAUGUCAGACCCUUGAAGGACUCUCGCUUUCAGCUGGUCAACUUCUCAGACAAUGAGCUGCGCGUGGCUCUGUCCAACGUGUCUCUCUCGGAUGAGGGCAGAUACGUGUGUCAGCUCUACACGGACCCUCCGCAGGAGGCCUACGCCGACAUCACUGUGCUGAUCCCACCAGGAAACCCAAUCAUCGAGUCGCGUGAGGAAAUUGUAAGCGAGGGCAACGAGACGGAGAUGACCUGCACAGCUAUGGGCAGCAAACCAGCCGCCACCAUCAGAUGGAUGAAGGGAGACAAAGAGCUGCAAGGAAAGUCCAAAGUGGAGGCCACAUAUGACAGAAUGUACACUGUAACCAGCUGGGUAAGGCUCACUGUUACAAAGGAGGAUGAUGGUGUUCCUGUAGUCUGCAUUGUGGACCACCCAGCAGUCAAGGACUUUCAAGCUCAGAAAUACCUGGAGGUGCUGUAUAAACCAGAGGUGAAGAUUGUCGUGGAGUUUCCACAAGGACUAACCAGAGAGGGGGGAAACCUGGAACUGACAUGCAAGACCAAAGGCAAACCAGAGCCUCAGCAGGUGAACUGGGUGAAGGUGGAUGACGAUGUGCCCUCUCAUGCCGUCAUCACCGGCUCGGAUCUCUACAUCGAGAACCUUAACAAGUCCUACAACGGUACUUACCGAUGCGUGGCCUCUAACUCAGUGGGAGAAUCCUAUGAUGAUUACAUCCUCUACGUGUACGAUGCCCCCACCACCACCCCUAUACCCACUACAGCCACCACCACCAUGUACACCACCACCUCUCUCCCAGGUAUCACCCAAGACGCUGCGCCCAGCACUGAACCCGCUGCUCACGUAGACUCCAGAGCAGGAGCAGGAGCUCAAAGAGUGGUGGAUCAUGCCGUCAUCGGAGGGGUUGUGGCCGUUGUGGUCUUCGCCAUGCUUUGUCUCCUUAUCAUUUUGGGCCGAUACUUUGCAAGACACAAAGGUACCUACUUCACACAUGAAGCAAAAGGGGCAGACGAUGCAGCUGAUGCCGACACGGCCAUCAUCAACGCUGAAGGUGGACAUAACAACUCCGAUGAAAAGAAGGAAUACUAUAUCUGAUUGUACAAAUCUCUGGUGGUGUUAUUAAUAUUAUUAUUAUUAUUUUGUUUUGUUUUUUUUGGAUGGUUGGGAUGGGAGGGGCAUGGAGGGGUUAAGAACGGGGAAUGUUUUGUUGUUUUUUGUUGUUCUUCCUGGGGAUUGAAUGAUGUAGACUACAUGGACACCUGAGAUGAUUUAGCCAUUGUCUUUGAGGAGCUGGAGCUGGUGGGGAUAAAGGGUUGGUGGUCAGGGGGUGGAGGGAUGGGAAGGGAAGGGCUGUGGUUGCCAGAUGUUACCAUGUAUCACUAUAGAAAGCUUCACCAUUGAACACCUCCCAAACUGCUGGUACUAUUUUUUUCCUUCAGUUCUGACCAUUUGCAGAAACUUCUGUGCCUUGUUCUGAAUUUCUUUUCUCUGUCAAGCCUUUGGUUUUGAACUCCCGACUGUCAUGCUUCCCCACAUAUAACCGCACCCCGUUCCUUUAUCCGUGUUCCUUUUACCAAUGUCGCAGUCUGCUUUCCUAUGAGGGUAAAUAUACACAGCGCCUCAAGACACUCCUGCACUGUGUAGGCAUCAAGUUCUUCUACUUCAAACCAAAAUCCCAUCAUAUCCGAUCUUCUAUACUGUGAGAAGGCCAGGUUAUAUGGCAUCAUUUCUGCAUCCUUUUAGUAAGUCCAGAACAUGUGCAUCACGUUUUAAAUAUCCAAGAAUUCAAAUGAGGAAAAGUAAAAGUAUGACGCGCUAAAGACCAUCCAAUCCCACUUAGUUCUACGUUAGUACUAUAGAGGAGCACUGCACCUGUUUCUAUCCUGGCAGGCCUCUCUGCAUUGCUACAAAAUGCUAUUUUUUAAAUAUUGCCUCGUUUUCAUCAGGUUGUUUUUCGAAUUACAUGUGCCAGUACUCUUGAGGCAUUGCUACUCGUCUGGAAUGUGCAGACGUGCAGGCGAAUUAUUUUCAUCUUGACAUGCUGCACUUACAGAGGCACGUUGUUUGGUUGCACUUAGCUAGAUGGUGUUGAAAGCCUUUUGUGGAUAUUUAUUUGGCUUUGGUAUAAUGUUUUCUUGUUGGUUUUUUUUUUAGUUUUUUCAUUCGGAAAUGUUGAAAAAAAAAUCCAUAAUGGCAAAACAAUUGUCAUGACAUAAAAAAAGGUCAAAUGCUUUUUUGUCUUUCAAAUUAGAUGCUCUAGCUUUCUUGAGCUGGUGGUGAUGGUCCUGUAGCACAUGCUUAUCUGACUACCUAAAAUAUUGUCAACUCAAACUGUGGGUCUGUUAGUAGGUUUUAGAUUUUGGUUUCAGUAUAUAUGACUUGACAGUGUAGGAUGCAACCAAUGAUGUUUCUUUUGGACUGUGGGAUGUUCUGUAAUAUAAUUAUACUACCUAAGGACAAAUCUUAAACAGUCAAAAUAUGUUUCCUCAUGUAGACCUUGUAGGUAUGUGCUAAUGAUGAUGAGCCCCAGCCGUGAUAUGGUACAUAUCAAUCUGCUACAUUUGACUUCACUGAUUACCUCUAGCUUUAUUAGCAGUGCAGCUAAUCUGAGUGCUGACUCUAAUGUUUUAAGACAAACUGGAAAAAAAAUAGGAAAAAUGUAGUCAAAGGUAACUGAUUAUAUUAUUAAAUAAACAGACCAGUUAUUGCUAACUUUGUUCAGAAUUCAGUUCCAAUGCUUCGCAUUCUCUACAUAAUCAGCCUACCUGAUUGGCUCUGUUGGAUUAGGAUUAGAAUGGAAUUCUCCAGGAAAUGGUUGGUGAUUAGUGAUCUUGACUAAACAAACUAAAUCAAUUUAAAAAGAUAUAUAAAUACCUUACUAUGUUCCUGCUCCAAGGUAUAAAUAGAGAUUUCCAUAAUGGACUUUGUUUAGCUUUGGUCACAAGUCUGUACUUCUCGAUUCACACAUGAUUUCCAGGAGUCCAAUUUUAACGUUUGCAUAAAGAACAUACAGUUUUACUGAUUCAGUGUUCGUUUUGACUGGAUCAGUGUAGAUUUCGUUAAACUCAAUAUAAUAGAUGUAUAUGUGUUAAUUGAGGAAUUGGCUUUUUGGAGCAAGUCCUUUCUUUUUUUUACAAUUAAAAUCAAUAAACAACUAAAGUCAAAGCUUUAUAAAUUGGCCCUGGCCCUCAGCUUCACUUCACCAGCAUGACGACAAACACGGUCACAAUUGUUUGAAAGCUGCCAACAUGCUUAUCAAACAUGAAAGGGUCAGACAGGAAGUUAGACAUGUGAAUCUAUACCGAACAACAAACAGGAUUAUGUACUGUAUUUAACAUUACGUGCAGCUCCACAAACUCUGAAAACUGAAUUGAUUUAGGAAUUCCCAGAUGGUAUAGUAGAAUUGAUCAGCCCCGAGAUGUAUAUAUGCUCAUCAUUAAUGUAACUCGCCACUGUCUUUCACCUUCUGUAUAUUACACUUUAUCGCUGAAGCUAACAGAAAUCAAACAUGCCAAACACACUGGUGUUUUCUGCUGUCGCUCUGACAUCUGGUUUAAAAAAAAAAAAAAACAUGAAGAAAGCAGGGCCUUCUUCCAAGCGCAUCCUGUACCCUCUGGAUGAAGAAAAAGCUUCAUUUCACGUAUGUGAAAAUAUAUAUAUAGGCACCUGUAGCUCAGCUGACAAAAGUGUAUGUGAAUGUUGUUUUCCAGAACUCCGACUCUUCCUCUCAUGUCAAGUGCACACCGAUCAGUGUAAAGCUGAGGGUACUUUUUAUGAAGUUAUGGGUUUUGCUCGUCACAUUGUGCUGUUGAGUAGACACCAUGCCCUGCUGACCUCUUGUGUGUAAAUAGGACAAAUGAGGUUAAGGAGAAAUCACUGUCACGCUUUGCUUUAUUUUGUUAUUUAAAAAAUACACCUUCGCUAAACUUUCAGUAUGUAUUUGACCAUUAGAAAGCUUCUUUAUUCUUAAUAUUUUAUAGCACAGUACAGAAAGAAUGUCUUACAGCUCAGAGGUGUAAGUAGAGAUGUGCGAUUGUGUGACUUUUCCAUAGUGGACUUUGUUUAGCUUUGGUCAAAAGUCUGGUGGCUUCAAUUCACGCAAGAUCUCAGAGUCCAUCCUCAACAUUCACAUAUGUGGAAAAAAAACAUACUGUUUUACUGAUUCAGUGGUCGUUUAGACUGGGCCGGUGUACAUUUUGUUAAACUUGAUAUGUUAGACCUAUUUUAAAUGUGUCGGUUGUGGUCUUUUGAGGACUUGAAUGUCCAAAAUAGGACUCUAUGGAAAUGCAGCGUUGUGCAAAAUUGUUGUUUUUAAACACCUCCAUUUUUGUCUGUUAUUUGUACAGUGGAAAAAAAAGGUCCAAAAACCGCGAACUGCCUGUGGUGAAGUGUGAAUUUGGGAAUUUGGAUUUUUGCCCAUGUUGUCUUAUUUUAUACUGCUACAUUUGUUGUUUCCACUGAUUUUGAUGCCCCCUUAUUAAAUAGUGCAACAGUGUUAAUGAUGUAUUUUGAAUUUAAUUUUAUUUCUUACUUGAUUUUUUAAGUUGUUUUCGCCCUGCCUCAGGUUCAUGUACAACAAACGAACACUAUGUUUGCAUCUCAGGUAGAUUGCAACAUCGAGCCCCCUUUCAUUAAUGAUGUAGAUAAGAAUUAAUCAGAAGAAUCAGAAGUCGGAGAAAAGAAACGGUAAAAAUUUGCAUUACAGUUGUACAUUUUUAUGUAGUUCUUUAAUAUUUGGUGCACUGUACACAAAAUGUUGAGUAUUAAUUUUAGACCUAGUUCACGAAGAAACAACUGCUGAAAGAAGUAAAAAGACAGAAGGACAAGCAUCAGUUACAAACUCAGCAUAUUUAUCAGUCUGGCUCCAGAUGGGUUGGAUAACUCGAAAGUUUUGGAUGUUUCUCACCCAUAGUUUUAAGUUGAUUUUUUUUUGUCUUUCUGCUGUACUUGGGCAAUGUUACUGUGUAUUAAUGAAAACAAAAAAUAUCCACAUUCCCAUGCACAUUUUGUAUUGGUUCAUUUUAGACAUUUUUACAAAAAUGGAGAGUUCUUGUCUUAAUAAAAAGAAAAGAUAUUAAUGUUCAAAGUAA